CCAGUCGCGUGUAAGCUAAUGUUUUGAUUUGGUCGUGUUACCAUCAUGUGUAUGUUGUCGUGACUAUUGUUUCCUUCAAAUUCCGGUUCAAAGAAUUCUUAUUUCAAGAACGAUGAUUACUAAGUUUACAUAUCAUAGAUUAUGGAUGUAAACAAUGAUACCGUGAAGACUACCAGCGAACAGCUAGAAAUUCAAGUAAACAAUGAUACCGUGAAGACUACCAGCGAACAGCUAGAAAUUCAAUAUGAAUUGUCAUGUGUACAAGAGAAAGAAGAUGAUGCAAGUGCUUUUAAAGAUGAAACGUGUGUCUCUUCCCAAAAUGCACUGAGUGAUCAUGUAGACUCAGAUCCACAAAUGUCUAAAAAAUCUAUCAAAAAGCAGCAGAACCAUGAGCAAUAUCUUGCAAGGAAGCAAGCAGUCCGAGCAGAGAAGAGAAAGGCUAAGAGAGAGAGGAUCCGCAAUUUGAGACAAACUGAAGGACAAGAAUCAACAAAUAAAUUACCAAAAAAAAUUGAGUUAAAACAGAAGAGGAAAAGACUCGCAGAUGCUUUGACUGAUGGACAGAGAGUUUGUAUUGAUUUGAGCAUGUCUGCCAUAAUGAGUUCAAAGGAAAUAAGCAAGCUAGCCCAGCAGCUUGGUAGAGUGUACGGAGCAAACAAGAAAGCUGAAAAGCCAAUGCAUCUGAUCCUAGCCGGCCUAGAGUUAGAUAGUGAUAUCCAUAAGGCUUGUGUCCAAAAAAAUGAUGGAUUUAAUAAUUACUUGAUUGAAAAAAGUGAGAAACCAUUGUUAGAAAUGUUUGCUCUUGAAGAGGUUGUAUACCUUAGCCCAGAUUCUGAUCAAGUUCUAGAAGUACUUGAUGACAGUAAAGUGUAUGUAAUUGGUGGACUAGUUGACGAGAACCCAAUCAAAAGCCAUACAUUGAACCAUGCAAAGCAAUGCAAACUAGCAACAGCACGACUUCCAAUUGAUGAAUACAUGCAUCGGCAGCCAAAUGGAACACACAGCAAGAUACUAGCUGUCAACCAAGUGUUCGAAAUUCUUCUCAACUUUCACAAUGAAGGAGAUUGGAGGAAGGCGCUAGUUGCUGGAGUUCCCAAAAGGAAAGGAUUCAUCAUAAAGACCUCCGAAGGAUCUCCAGUUUGUCUUUGAUGGUGGCUGACUGCCAUACAUCUCGCAGAGUAAUAUAUGAGCCUGUAUUCCUCUUGCUUUACCAGGCAGUAAUUGUUUUUGGAGUAUAAUAGGUGUAUUCAACAGGUGCAAUACAUGUGAUUUGAAUAUAUAUAUAUUAUAUCUGUGCUUAUGGGAUACUGGAGUACAGGAGGAUGCAGGGAUUGUAAUACAUGAGCUGAACAAUAUUUAAUACAGAAAUAAUGUGAUCUCUGCAAUAAGUUGACCAUUAUAAUUAUUAUUAUUAAAUUGGAACCCAAGUGAAAUUUAUGAACAGUGCACUUGGUUGGCCAUGGAUUUGACAAUGGCUUAAAAUUAUAUUUAUUUAUUUAUCCGUAGAAAUUAAGUAUUGUGACUUCACUUCUGAAAUGUAGGCAGGGGUCCCAACAUAGAAGCUACUUCAGAGAGAUCCGGUUAAAUCAACUUUCCUCUGAAUCUAAUUUUAUUUCGCUGCACAUGGUGAUCCAUCACCAGCUGACUUCUGGGAGACCACCAAUAGUAUAGUUGUAAAUUUGCUUGAGAUAUUUUGGCUUGCUCAUUUGAGUGUGUGACACAUGUGGAAGAUCCCGUGUAGGUCACAAUUUUAUUUGCAUAUUCAAGAUGUUUGUCUAUUAUUUUUUAAGAAACUGAACUCAGUUGAGUUUGCAGAAAAACCCCCCAAAAACAAGAUUUCGAAAUAAAUAACAAAAGAAAAU